AUGCUUGCCCAUGAUGUUUCGUGUUCAGCCAACUUUGUAUUAGUUAUUGAAAAGGAUGCAACAUUUCAGAAAAUUAUGCUAAGCGAUUUCUACGGCGAUUUCCAACCAUGCCUUCUCAUAACGUCGAAGGGCUACCCAGAUCUUGCAAUGCGCUCUUUCCUUUCUAAACUCUGUCAAAAAUACCCUAAAUUACCAAUGUACGCAUUAGUUGACGCCGACCCACAUGGUAAGAAUUCAUUUGAUAUCCUGAAGUCUAGGUAUCGGCAUAUACUUGACCUACAAAUAUGGAUCAAAAGUAACCUAUUUGUUUCAAUAAAUAGCAAUUUUAUAGAAUCCAUCUCUUCAAGCUGCUUCUGGAGCUGCAAUAUGUGUCCCUAA